AUUUUCUCAGGAUAUUGUAACGGACACGUAAUCGACGCGUAUCACAAUGAUUCCGAGCCUUCGACGAUGGAUCUGCCGUCCACGAAGGAUGCAACAAACGUCGAUCAUGCAAUCGAACAUCCGGUACAAGACGGCACAGGACGGAGUACCUACAGGUGUUAUUCAACAUCCUUAUCAGAUACUACAUUGUUUUCCGAACCGUCCACCGUUCGGUCCAUGGAUCAAUCAUCCGGGAGAACCGCGCAAAUAGAACGACGAUGCAAGAUCAGCAGCGUUUCAACGAACGUCGGUCAGAAUGAAGCGAUAAAACAAGACAAAUAUCGCGAAAAUCGCCCGGACAAUCGCCAAGUCGUGCGAAUUUCCAUGACAUCGCUCUCGACCGGUCCGAGCAUCAGCGAUUAUCAGGUGUCGAACGGCGCCGAUCUUGGCAAGAGAAUUGGUCAUUCGGAAUGGAUUCGUAGGAAGGACGAGGCCACGCAACGCAAGAAAGAGGAGGAGGAACGCGCGGCAAAAAAGCGACAAGAGGAGGAAGAGAGGAUGGUGCGAGAAAAGGAGGCAAGGGCGCAGCUUGAAAAGGAAAACUUUCUCAAGUGGGUGGAGAGGAAGAGGCAGCAGGAGCUCGAGAGGAAAGCUAUCCUCGAGAACGAAUUGGAAUUGCAAAGACGUCUGAAGGAGAUCGAGGAUAAGGCAGCCGUCGCGAAGGCCUUGUACCUUCGUCAGUGGAUUCAGAAGAAGAAGGAGGAGCAAAAGACUCGGCAUAAGGAGCAGGAGAUGAGACAGAGGAAGAUGAUCGAGGAACGCGAGAGGCGCCUGGAGCUAAGCUCGAAAGCUUACGAGAAAUGGAGAGAGAACUCCAGGAAUAAACCCAAACCCGCUACACAAGGACUGCUUCCCCAUCAGAAAGCUAAGCCAGCGUAUGUAAAUCCGAUUCCAUGGCAAUCGAUCGUGGAGAUUGAUUCCGACGAAGCGCAGGAGAAUGCAUUUAACGAUAAAAAAGGGAAUAUAAAUCAAUUAAAGAUGAACGGCAGAAAAACGAUUGCGGCGCAUCAGUGAUGGCGAGAAAUCUGGGAAAAUCAUUCACGAGACACAACUUUUAUAAUAUCUUGUUUCAUCCAAUUCCAAGUAUUUUUAACGUAGCAAAUUAAAAAGUAUUUGCAAGAAUCUUGUUUUUUUUUCACUUAGUCGCAAGUUUCGUUCGAGGCUUAAUUGUAGAGAUAUUUAAUUACAA